AUGGCUAAUCUCAGCCCCGCGGCUCGGCCGGCGAUAGUCGAUCAUGUCUUUCUGCGCGACAUCAAUCUGCAUCUCCCAGCAGGACCGGAUCCAUGGCAUCGCGCAGGUAAAGCGCAGCCAUGCACAGCGGGCGUGAAGCUGUCGUACUCGUCGGCCAUCGCUGCUGCGACUGCAGAUGAUGUGUCGCUGUCGAUUGACUAUGGGAAGCUAUACCGUCGCAUUGAGAGCGAGAUUCAGAAUGCGGGCAAGAAUGUUGCGUUGGAUGUGACGACUACUACUACUACUACUAUUACGGCAAAGACGACAAGCCCCGAGAUUGCUGCAAAGAGAGCGGACAUUUUACUGGGUCACGACGUGCGCAUUCUCGCUGAUCUGGUUGCAGACUGCGCGCUCGGCUUGCUGGAUGAAACGAUCGCGGGCGUGCGCAGAAUGGCUCAUGUUCAUCCGGGCUCGCCGAGUCGGAGACGAGCCAGCCAGGCCAGUCGGCGCCUGAGCAGUGGUUCGUAUAGUGGUAGCAACAACAAUAACAUCAAUGAGCGUGCCGGGUCCGAGGCGCUGGACGCUACGUUUGGCGAGUGCGAGGUCUCGGUGCAUCUGCCCGGCGCGCAUUUACGGGCUGAGGGGGGUCUGAAGUAUCGAAACGUGUCGACCUGGGCGUACGACCGAUCCUCGUAUGGCUCUGCGGAAGACGCGGUGGAAAGUGCUAGGCAGACGCUGGUUGUGAAUCAGGAGUUCCGCGUUGAAGGCAUUCGCUGUUAUUGUAUUCUAGGCGUCAACUCUCACGAGCGACUCGAGAAGCAGUGCGUCCUUGUCACACUGGUCUUUCAGGGCUCCGGUGAGCCUACAUGGGGCUCGACGGUUGUCGAUACUUAUCAAGAAAUGGUCAAGGUGGUAGCCGAGAGAGUGGAAGUCACGUCUUACCAGACCGUCGAAGCCCUGGCGACGUCUAUCGCUCGCAUCGUGACGCUUUUCCAGACUCUCUCGAUUCGAUUCUCUAUGUGCCAUCCUUCAACCGCACCGUCAAUUUUCACUUAUUGCCUUGCAAAUGGCCUGCCCUUGAGCCUCAUCGAUCAACCACUCUCGCAUACCUUUGCAGGCGCCUGUGCACCGGCAUCGGCUGACCUCGAAGAAGCUCUCAUUUCCGCCGCUCCUUUCCUUCGCCGGCUGGGUGCUCCUUUCCCCGACGUGGUGUGGCUAGGGGUAGAGAGUCCGUCCUGA